AUGACGUUCUUUGUCUGGCUAUUAUAUGCAGCCUGGAAAGUUCGCAAUGCAGCCCAAGUGCAAACAGCCAUCCGGAUUUCCGCCAACACGGACAACAUUACUACGCAUUUCUGCGUCCUUGGCGCUUGGUGCUUUGUUGAUUGCAAGGUCAUCAUCCCCGACAAGGAUGGCGAUAGUACAGAUGAAGGGUUUUCGUUUAUCUGGUUCCGACUACAUAUAAGAAGAUUCUGGUGGGAAGACGCGUGGACUGCUGCUGCCGGAUCGAAAGAAACAACUUUGAAGGUCUGCGCGCACGAGCAUACCGUUUUCCAUUACACGAGUUGCACGGCCCACGCCGUGGCUUUUCCGCUUGCAAUUCCCUUCUUGAUGUGGGCAGCGUUUGUUGCGCAUCAGGCAUAGCCUUGUGGAUCGAAUCACAGCUGGUACCUCAUAUAACUAACUAGUUAUAGGGAUUCCUACUGCCGCAUGGACCAUUUGAUGGCGGUCCACCAGCUUGCAAGUGGGCAUCAUACCGCCUUCCACUCUCCGCUAUACUCACGGCUCCAUUAAACCAGCCAGCUGUGUUGCUGACGCUAUUCUGGUGGUCUUUUCCCUCCGAUUCC